AUGUCCGACAAGACCGCAGCUCGUGUCAGACUGGGGCCCUUGGGGCUUUUCAAGGAGGUGUUCAACUGGUAUCCGUCGAAUUACCCGGCACAUGAGCGCAAGUUGCUCUUCAAGCUGGAUUUGUCAAUCCUCAUAUUUGCCUGUCUUUGCUUCUUCGUGAAAUACCUGGAUCAAACGAACAUCAGCAAUGCAUAUGUCAGUGGGUUGAAGGAAGACUUUCAGCUCAAUGGCAAUCAGCUCAAUUACUUCAACACUUGCUAUAUCACCGCAUAUGUGGUCUUCCAAGUUCCGGGCCUGCUGCUGAUGUCCCGUCCAAAAUUGGCACGAUGGCUUCUUCCUACCCUCGAGAUUCUGUGGGGAGUCUGCACCUUUGCGCAGAGCCGCGUCACGAAUGUCCACCAGCUCUAUGCCCUUCGAGUGCUCGUGGGUAUGUUUGAAGCGCCAGUGUUCGCAGGAACGCAUUUCAUCCUCGGCUCAUGGUACUCCGGCCCCGAGCUCUUCAAGCGAGCCGGCACAUGGUUCAUCUGCAACGCCCUAGGCACCAUGGUCAGCGGAUACCUGCAAGCGGCCGCCUACACGAACCUGUCCGGAGUGGGCGGCAUGCCAGGUUGGCGCUGGCUGUUCAUCAUCGACGGGAUCUUCACCAUCCCCGUGGCAAUCCUGGGCUUCUUCAUCUUUCCCGGGGUGCCCGAUUCCCCGCGGACCUUUUUCCUCACCGAGGAUGACAUCGCCCUGGCCAAGGAUCGAGCGCGCAGGGCCAACAUCCGCCGCCCAGGGAAGAUGAGCCUUGAUGUUUUCCAACGGACGCUGAAGCGGUGGCAUAUCUGGAUCUUCAUUUUCAUUUACGCAUGCAUGAUCAUCUCCUCCUAUCCAGUCUCCUACAUGAACCUCUGGCUGCAGGCGGAGGGCUACUCGGUGCCGCAGGUGAACAAGCUCCCGACCGUGACCUACGCCAUCAACAUCGUCGCCUCGUGGCUGGGGACGACGCUGGCCGCGAUUUACCCCACCUGGGCGCUCUACACUUUCUCCUCGGCGUGCUGCCUGUUCUCUUCCUUGUGCAUGAUUAUCUGGGACAUCCCGCGCGGACUAAAAUUCGUCGCCUGGUACCUCUUCGGUACAGCCGGAUGCCUGAGCCCCAUUCUCUAUUCGACCGUCAACACGAUCGUAAAGGACGACUCGGAGGAGCGCGCCCUCAUCAUGGUCUGCUCCCCUAUCCGACCCGCACCCUCCCCAUCAACUCAAUAG